GUGCAUCUGUUGUGUUCGAAGAGUAAGGUCGCUCCUUUGAAAUCCGUCAGUAUCGCGAAACUUGAGUUGCUAGGCGCGCUGUUAGCUGCUAGGUUGUACUCAAAAGUAAUCAAAUCGCUUAAAGUGAAGUUCGAUUCUGUGUAUUUUUGGUGUGAUAGCACAAUCGUUCUUGGGUGGGUCCGAAUGUCACCCCACACCCUUAAAACCUUUGUUCAAAACAGAGUGUCGGAGAUAAACGAGUUAACCGGGAGCGCGCAGUGGUUGCAUGUAAGUAGCAAGAAUAACGCAGCUGAUUUAGUUAGCCGCGGCCUUGAACUUGACGCGCUUAUCAAUAAUUCGUUCUGGUUCAAUGGACCGCCCUUCUUGCAUGAACCAGAAUCUGACUGGUUACCUAGUACUUUAUCGCGCACUUCCGAAAUAAUACCGGCCGAUUUACCUGAAAUAAAAACAAACACAAUUAGUAUGACAAGCCAAAUUAACACCGAUGUAUUCGAAUUCGACAGGUUUUCGUCUUUUAACCGCUUACGGCGCGCGGGUGCUUAUGUUUUACGAUUCAUAAACAACACACGCAUUAAAAACAAGACAAAUCGUAAAACUGGCCCGCUGACUGUUGACGAAUUGAAUGCAUCGAUGCAACAUCUGGCGCGUCUUUCGCAAAUGAAAUCUUUUCCUGUUGAAUAUGAUAAGAUGAUAAAUAACUUACCUGUUAAACACACGCGCGGGAUUAAUAAAUUAAAUGUCUUCCUAGACACAGAUAAAAUGAUAAGGGUCGGUGGUCGUAUUAGUAAUGCGACUAGUUUUUCAUACGACAAAAAACAUCCGAUUUUGCUUUGUUCGAAACAUCGUUUCACACAGCUUUUGUUUCAGAGUGAACACAUACGAUUACUGCAUGCGCCUCCUAGUCUCCUGCUUGCUACUAUCAAAGACUGCUGGUGGCCUCUCGGAGGCACUAAUUUAGCCAAGCGAGUGGUACGCACCUGUGUAACCUGCAUCCGCAUGAAGGCGAAAACCUUUGCACCUAUUAUGGACCCAAACGACCUUUCCGCAUUAACUCCAGCUCAUUUCCUUAUUGGCCGACCGCUGACAGCGCCGCCCUGCAAGGACUUGACGGCAGAGACGGGCCGGCUCCCACGCUACGAGAUGCUGGAGAAAAUGCGACAACACUUUUGGCAGCGGUGGUCGAAACAAUAUAUUUCUGAGCUGCAGACCAGAACGAAGUGGCAGACGCACGGCCAGGAUAUCGUUCACAACUCCUUAGUUCUGGUCAAAGAAGAUAAUCUACCACCCCUCAGAUGGCGUUUGGGACGGGUGGUAGCUCUGUUCACAGGCCACGACGGAGUUUCCCGCGUCGCUGACGUAAAAACAGCGAGCGGGGUCAUACGUAGGGCUUUCACCAAGCUUUGCCCUCUCUUGAUGCCGGCAGAGAGUGAAGCUGCGCCAGCCCCAUCCACAUCACCACAACCACAUUGAAAGCGGGUGCUUUCAAGGCCGGGGGCAUGUUCGCGAGCAUGACGCCAUCUAGCGGGCAUCCCAAGAAGAGGCGGAGUUCCAAGCACGGCCGCGCGGGGGCGCGGCGACAGCCUCUAC